CUCAUUAUAGUCCAUGCAUGCAGCUCGACUGAGAUCUCACAAUCCAGAAACAACGUCCCUUCAGUUCAGCAUCCUGCGAGGAAAGCCUCUGUGGGACCUGCUAUUAUUUAUUUAGACAAAUCCAGAAGCGUUUCCAUACAGAAAGAAAGGCAUGGGAAGACUAAACAUAUUGGCUCACAAUGAUAGCUGGAUUUCAUAGAUUCAUUCGCAGAUCUUCAGUGGCCAGAGGCGUCUGAGAGGACAGGAGCUACUCAACAGCUGGUAUUAUAAGAAAAUGGAGGAUUCACCAUCAAAGCAUCUUCUUGGUUCCAAGAAGAGAGUCAAAAUCCACCCAAACACAGUGACAGUCAAAUACGCCACUCACUUUCCCCAGCCUGGAGACGAGGGCUAUGAUGACGCUCCAUCUUUUGAAGACUUUGGCUCAUUUGUCGAAGAGACCUCAGACAGGAAGCACCUCACUGACAGAAAGUCAGGCAGGACUUUUUUCGGUGCACUUGACAGUCGGUCCAAACCUGCUGGGGACCAAAAGGAGAAAGGGGUCGGAGGUCAGCUGCAGAGCUUCGGGGAGGCCUCUGUGUUUGCCUCACGCAUGACAUGGGCCGCUCUGUUCGGGGCGGCUCUGGCACACGGCUGUGUGGCUCUCAUCACACGCCUGGCUGCUGACUCUAGGGUGCCGUCGCUGGAGCUUCUCUUUAUCCGCUCCGUCAUCCAGGUGUUGUCCAUCGCUGUGGUUUUUUAUUAUAAGGAGCCUCCCUUCGGGCCUCAAGGCUACAGAUUGCGUCUUUUCUUUUAUGGCGUGUGCAAUGUCAUCUCAAUCACAUGUGCAUAUACCUCCUUUGCCAUCGUCCCACCCAGCAAUGGCACCAUCAUGUGGAGAGCCACCACGACGGUCUUCAGCGCCGUACUGGCAUUUUUACUCAUCGACGAGCGACUGGGCAUGACAGACGUGGUGACAGUUGUCAGUAGCGUCUUUGGCCUCUGCUUGGUCAUGAUUCCCAACAUCGUAGGCGAGCACCGAUCACUUGGUUUCUGGAAGGAGGCCUUUGGCUACACCAUGACGGUGAUGGCAGGCUUAAUGGCGGCCCUGUCCAUGAUCAUAUACCGCGCCAUCAAAGAGAGGGUGAGCAUGUGGACUGCACUCUUCACCUUUGGCUGGACCGGAACGGUGUGGGGGGUUUCCACCAUGUUCAUCCUGCAGGAGCCCAUCAUUCCACUGGACGGAGAGACGUGGGGGUAUCUAAUCGGCAUCUGCGUUUGCUCCACUGUGGCAUUCCUGGGGGUCUAUUACGCCCUCAACAAGUUCCACCCCGCACUGGUCAGCACCGUUCAGCAUAUGGAGAUUGUUGUGGCUAUGCUUCUGCAGCUAAUUGUGCUCCACAUGGUGCCCUCGGUGUACGACAUCAUCGGGGGUCUCAUCAUCAUCACCAGUGUUGUCGUGCUGACAGCUGUAAAGCUUUACUGGGUGGGCAAGAGCAAAAGACAGGAGUAUGAAGAGAUCCUUGAUUCGCCGAUAAAGUGAAUAAAGGUUUUGCUUUAGAAAUUGUUUUAUGAACGGUACCCACACUCUUAAAAACAAAGAAUCACUGGCAUCUGUGGUUCCAUGAAGAACCUUUAUCAUCCAUGGAACCUUUUAAUUGCAUUAAAGGUUCUUUAGAUUUUUAAAAUGUUCUUCACAGCAAGAAAAAAACGGUUCUUUUAAGAAAGGUUUUUUGGAGAACGAAACAUGGUUCUUCUAUGACAUCUCUGCAAAAAUCCCAUUUAGAAACUUUAUUUUUAAGAGUGUUAUUGUGAAUGUUUAAGAAAAAGAUCUAUGUAAAGGUUAUGUAAAGUUUAUUCAUUGAUGAAGUGCCAUUGUGAAUUUGUCUUUGACUGUUGUUUUAUGUGAAGCUCAAAGAGGUUAUUGUUACUUAUCACACAUUAUGAAGUAAUUAUCCAUGUUUAGCUGUGUCAUAUCAUGUUUCAUUAGGCAGUACAUCCAAAUAAAUGUCUGUGCAGAGGAGCUGCAAUGACAACAUAUGAAUAUUUUCAGAAAUAUGCACUAUUUUCCAAAUUGACAUGGUCAAGAGUGCCCCCUAUUGGUAUGUAGUGACUAUUUAGCCCUGAGAAGUUUUGGCACAGCCUGAUUAUCCUGAGUGAAUCAAAUCUGUUUUGGCAACAGUGCUUCAGGCUGGUGUCUUACAGAGCUUUUCUGUUGGUUAUAGGAUUUCACGAUUUCCAGUUUAUUGAGAAAUAUUGAGGGCUGUUGGAGUCAUAUUCACUCCAGAGUUUUACUUGGAAAUGAAAGCUUUAACAAUUUUACUGAGAUAAUAUAUUUUGGCAAGGUAUUCUAAUAUUUGAGGUUUUAUAGUCAGUGCAGAAAAUUCUAAUUAUUUGACAAAGUAUGUAACAUUGCAUUGUGGCAUUGUGUCCGGGUUGAAAACAUUCAUUUUAUGGGAAUAGAGAAAAAAAAGCCAAUGCAUGAUACAUGCAAACAUGGGAUUGUUCAUAUAAUAU